AUGACCAGAAGCAGAGCCAAAGGCCUUACCAAUUUCAAGCCCAUUAAGCAGAAGAAGGGCAUUGUGAUCAGUCUUUCUGAUGAUAGUGAUUCACCACCCGAGAGACAUGUUGCUCAAGGAAGUACAAGCAAACCAAUACAAGAGGAUUCUACCCCUUUGAAUACACUGGCAGAUGCAGCAACUCAACAUUCUGUUAGUGCUGCUUUGGCAACCAUGGUUAGGAUGAUUAGGAGAGAACCAGAGUGUGAUCCAUCCCCUGCUCAACCACCUGUUACCACUAUCCAUGCACCCACUAUCACUAGAGACACACCCAUUGAAUUCAACUUCAUGGAUUCACCACAUUUUACCUUUAUUCCUAUUUCAUCUACCACUGUUGAACCUACCAUAAUUGACCAUCCAGCCACUACCAAAACAGUUUCUAGACCAUCCCCUGUUGAAACAACCACUACAAGCCCAAUACCUUCACCUAUUAAACCGAUAAACACACCAUCUACACCUACUGAACCUGUUAUCCCUUUGCUACCUACUGUAUCUAUCCAAGAACUAGACUUUGUCUUAGGUCUAUCACCCACUAAUCCAAGCCUUACACUCUUUGAACACAAUGAACACCCAUCUAAUCCACAAAACACCCCUGUCACUCAAACACCACCACCCUCACCCCACUUCACUCAACCAUUCAUACCUAGUCCAAACCAACCCACUAGCCCUAUACACUCUGGGACUCAUGACUAUUAUGAGGGUGCACAUUUUGCUCAUCAUAGCCCUGAGCAUAGCAGCCCACAUGUUGAGCAAGAAAGGGAGGAGGUUGAUACAAGGGCUAGUUUGAGAAAGAAAGUGGCAAGGAAGAGAAGAAUGAGUAAAGUUGAAACUAGGUGUUUAAAGAGAAGGAUAGAGGGUAGUGAGAGACCAGAGGCUGAGGAAAGGGCAUCAAGAAGAAGAAAGAGGCCAGAGCAACAAUUUGAGGAAGGGCCAGGUUUUUGA